GGUAUUGCAAAGAACAAAACUCUACAGCAUAUGUCCUUGGAGUUCUGCCAAAUCGGUGACAGUGGCGUUGAAAUCCUUUGCAAUGCAAUAAAAAACAACACGUCCGUAAUAACUGUGAACUUCUCUGGCUGCAGUCUCACUUGGAAAGGAGCAGACACUUUGGCUAAAGUGAUAAAGCACCAAGCCACUAGACGCCACAGUGUAGCAUGGCAAGACAGCCUGCGGUAUCGCCGUCCAGAUCUCGACAGAAUGCCAGGACUUCGGCGAAUAACAAUUUGUAAAAAUCCAUUGAUUAACGAUCGAGGAGCUGAGUUGAUUGCUGAGGCACUCAAAGAUGACCUCUGGGUUAAAGCGCUGGAUAUGCAGCAGUGUGGCAUUUCAACAGAGGGCGCAAUGUCCUUCCAGCCGGUCUUGAAGUUUAACUCCACCAUUUGCGUGUUGGAUCUCAGACUAAACCCAUUGAUCGAACGCGAAGUUUUUGGAUCGUUGAUGGAGCAACUGAUGAUCAAUUCUGGAGAAAGCCAAUUGGAAUAUCCUUGGUUAGUGAUAAGAGAGCCAAAACCAGGAAGAAUACGUCCGCAGAAACGAAAGAGCACGGCUACACAGCAAGGGAUGCGCGGAGGAAGGAAUGGUGUUUGGAGGAGUGCUGUUGUCGUAUCAAAGAAGUCUUCUGGUUUCAUUCCUUGGAGAACAGCGGCUAGAGUUGGAAAGAACAGGCAUAAACUUGGACGACAAAAUACACAAGACGGUUCGUCAGUUAAGAAAAAGAAGGUGAAGUCUUCUGUAAACAGACCUCGGGCCACAAGUUCACCAUUACCAGCGUGUGAAGGAGAUGACCUUCCAUCGCGCCGAACGAGUACCAUUGAUUCCUCUGUUGAUAAUCGAGAAAAAUUAAAGGACAUGCAGCUAGAGAUGGAACUUCUCAAACGCCGACUUGAAGACGAAAGUCGAGCACGUGCGACAGCCGACUCAAGAAUACUCGAAUUGCAAGUCGAGAACAGAAGACUACAGCAAGAAAUACGACUGUUGAAGACACAGCAAACAUUACCACCAGCGCGUCCAGUAUCUGUGAAUGGCAUGUUCUUGAACACAGUCCCCGAGAAACAAAAGCUCAGAGGAGCGAAAACCAUUCUUGAAGACGACCGCGUACUGGAAAGCAUCGAAGCGUCUUUCAGACAAUUCCAUGGUUUUUUGGAUCUGAUAAAAGGAUCCAAGUUCAGUGAUCUGGCGCAUGUUCUUGGAGAGAACAGCCGCUUACCUGAGCUUGACAAUGGCCUCUCACCAAUAACAGAAGAGUCCUCUGGUACUAUAAGAUGACAAUUGGCUAAAAAUAACAGGUCAAAUUGGCCCAUGUGAAAUGGUUUUUCUAAAUUUAUCUUCAUGCUUAACGUCUCUAUCGGCAAUGCUGUGUAGACAUUGAAACAGUUACCUCACAGUUAAUUUGCCUUUUGAAGUUUAUUUCGUGUUUUUAAAUACACGAUACAAAGGUACCAGACCAUUUCUCUUUUUUAACCAGUAAAAAUGUAUUCCAUAUGUUUUACUGUUAAUUUAUCCAUUUUGUAUUUCAUUCCGUUUAUCAAGCCAAUAUCAUUAAACUAUAUGUUUUUAGCAGUUUA